UCCGUUGCUCUCUUCCGCCAUAUCAUCCCUCCACUCGCUAAAGCUUCCCCUGACUCUAUCUUGAUCAUUGUCUCUAAUCCUGUUGAUGUUUUGACUUACGUUGCUUGGAAGCUCUCUGGUUUCCCGGUGAAUCGGGUGCUUGGAUCUGGUACUAACCUCGAUUCUUCUCGGUUUAGAUUCUUAAUCGCAGAUCAUCUCGACGUUAAUGCUCAGGACGUACAGGUGAUAAUAGCUCAUAAUGUAUUGUUGAGACUUGAGACGAUCAGUUGGUUUUGUGUAGGCAUUUAUUGUAGGAGAGCAUCCACCAAAGCGUAGUUGGUAGCGCCUAUGAAGUCAUUGGACUCAAGGGUUACACUUCUUGGGCCAUUGGUUAUUUUGUUGCUAAUCUAGCUCGCACUAUUCUCCGUGACCAGCGCAAGAUACAUCCUGUCACGGUUCUUGCUCGUGGAUUUUAUGGUGUCGAUGGGGGUGAUGUCUUCCUCAGCCUCCCGGCUUUGCUUGGACGCAAUGGUGUGGUCGCUGUGACCAAUGUGCAUAUGACUGAUGAUGAGUCUGAGAAGCUGCAAAAGUCGGCUAAGACUAUAUUGGAGAUGCAGAGCCAGUUGGAACUUUGAAUAAACCACAUCGCUCUGCUUCAGUUUUAUAACUGUUGUUUUGUUAUGAUCAUCAGUCCCAUGGAUGAUAGUGUUAUUGUUGCUCUUUUCAUGUUAUGUAAAUGCUUCUUUUUCAUGGAGAUUGGAGAAUAAUCCCAACUUGAGUUCUAUUAUGAGUAAUGACGGAAACAUAAGAAUGCACUGAUGGUUUAAGA